CUCACUAUCACAAACAUAAUCUACUUAUGCAGAUUGUAUGGGAGCCGUACACGCAUACGCUAGGCUCCCUACCUGCGUAUUGCACUGCUGGGCAGCAUAUUUGGAGGGCCGAGGUGCCGUUGAUAUUCUUUUGGAUAGUGGAGUGGCAUCAUCCUGAGCGAGUCCUCCGUCAGUUUGGGAUGAAGCAACCAGUUCCAAGUGUCGUGGAUACGUCGACUACCCUUCACAAGAUAUCCCUUCAGGGUAAAUGGGAGAAGAACUGGGAGGUAGAACAUGAUCCCUUUAUUCGGCAAUGGGCCAACCGAGUGAAUGUAGUUCGCGGGUCCGAUCUCCUAGACGAUGAUGAUACGUAUCUCGUUGAGUACAUGAUGUGGUACAAUCGCCACACAAGGCGGUACAUAACACCAGAGUCUGCGUAUUGGGAACUCAUGGUUCGGACGAUGAUUAGGUCUAUACCGAGGUGCGAUGAAGGUUCUGACAUGCACACUGACCUUACAUUUACACUAGAGCUUGUGGAGGAGCUAGGCCGACUUAAAUUGGCGAAUGCGCUUGCAGAAGCAGUUGACAUUGAUAGACAGGCCCCAGUUCGUGGCGGGCAACGUGGUGGGUCUCGUGGGGGUGGACAUCGUGGAGGUGGUCAAGCUGGUCGCAGCCGUACGACUGAGUCGGCUCCCAUCUACGAGGAAGGGAAUGAGGAGGGUGUAGAAGAGGCAUGGCUUGGCACUGAUUGGGUACUGUCUGAUGACGACGGCAGGACACCGCGAUGCACGCCUGGCGAUGGUGCUGGGCCAUCCCAUAGCGUCGAUCAUCAGGGCACUGUUCCAGCCCACACUACAUCCCAUGGUGCUAGCACGGACUUUGAGGGCCCUCCUCGUAUGUCGCCCCCAGUUUUCAGUGGAUCUGCCCAUGAUGGUGGAUGCAUAUUUGUCCCCACACCAGGCAUGCCCACCCCACCUCUAGUGCAAGUGGACCCCACCAUGUCAGCUCCAUCUCAAACCGCCCACGGAGAGGCUGUACAGAUUGAGCAGAUACCGGCUGAGGACAUUGAGCCGGUGGAGGCUUUGCGGAGAUCGCGACGCCCGCGUGCGCAUGCUCCCGAUUGCGGGACCGGUGAUGGUAAGAUUAGACCUGUCAGGGCAUAUGGGCGGAAACGAAAAGAUCAUUAAAUGCCUUAGUGUAUGCUUAUACUUCCUGCCUAUAGGUGACUGCAUAGUUACGUUUCACUUUUCUUCUAAAGUCGUAUUUUUUUUUUUAGACCUAACUGCAAUGGUGGACACGAAAAGGCCAUUGAGCUGGAUUGUCCUUGUGUGCUUAUUCUUCAUGUGUAUAGGUGACUGGAAUAAGCAUGCAAAAUGUUCUACUAAUUGGGGAGAAUCUUGGUGGCUGUGCAUCUAUUUCUGGAUCAUUGCUUGGGGAGAAUACUGGCUGUCAAUGUGUUUGUUGUCAAGAAAUUGAUAUUUUGGAGAAAACCCAUAAGGCGUAUUGUAUUUAUUGAUGUAUUAGGAAGUUUUUCUGCACUUGGAGUUUUGAUUGCAAUUUGACAAAUGUCUGGAUUGGUAUUCAUUUGAA